AUGGGAGAGCCAAAACCGCACGGUGGCCACAGCCACAGAGUCAAGGAACCAAUAUACAGGCAACCAGUGACGAGAAAACCUUUGACCGAAUUUCAUCUUUUCACGGGACUGCCCGUCGAGUUACGACUUAUAAUCUGGGAGAUGGCUAUUAUUCAUCAUCUCCCCGCGCGGAUUCACUACUAUUCGUUGUUCAACGAAGAUCGAACAGGGCAUCGAACCAGCCAUCUCCCCUGGUUCGUGCCGAAGAAACCUGCUCCAAUGGAAGGGAAAAAACUCACUCAGCGUCAAAUUAGGAAGAGGAGGAGGGAUAUCGCCGCAGGGCGCACAAUCGUCCCGAUCAAAGAAGGUUCAUCAACCAUCUAUAUGGACUAUUCUCCCAGGGAUAUUGUUUGUUUUCGAUUCGCGCCAGAACACCUGGCUGCUUGCAAAUUGCUGGAUUGGCGGCAACUCCUCACCCGUCUGCCUUUUUAUCAACUUCCUCAAGCUUCGGCAUUGAAUCUUGGUUUUGAGUUUGAGGAUGGUUGGGAAAGGGGGCUGGACACUCUGGAGUCGGUGCGUGCGCAUCUUGGUGAAGACUCAGUCCGAGGUCUCAUUCUGAGACUACACUGGGCGUGGAGUGUGGGCGAGGUUCCUCUUUGGACCCGCAUCUUCCUGAUUAAUCCUAGGAAGGAUCUUCCAGAUCGUUACUUCCUCGGACGACGACUUAACCAUCGAUAUACGCCUGACUUGAUAUAUCGGGAACAUUAUAACUGUAGACGAAAGCAGGAUCUUUCCUUCUUUGACGGCAAGGAGAGAUUUGUUCACAGCAAUUCUUGGGUUGGAUUCUGGGGCAAAGUACCUAUUUGCAAGUUCAUGCGAAAUGUCAAUUUAUUUUGUCGACCACAGAAGAUCUUUGGCAGGGAGCGUAAUUUACCACAUCUUAGAGAAGAUCGUUGUCUGGUGGUAUUGCGAAAUGUUUCGGGAAGAUAA